AUAUCAAACUUUUGGUGUUAUUCAAACUCGCUCGGCCGCUUUUUUAGAGACUGAGACUAGGAGCUGUGUAACCUGGCAAAUUACAAAUGGGUUUUCUCUGAGCUAUCCAAGAUGGCGGACGAAGAGCGAUUAUUUUUGGAAAACAGGGCUAUUUAACCUGAGAUUUCUGCUUAUAGAAGCGAAAAAUACCUAUUUUUCUCAUCAAAUACCCCUGUAGGGGCUAGAUCUUUCUUCUGCCAGCCUAACUUGUGGAAAAAAGCCCUCGUAGGUAUUUUAAUCGACUACGUCCUUGUGUGAUCCUGAUGCUGAAGAGUACAGAAACACCCGAAGGACGAGAAGCUAAGUAUUCCUUUCUAAUAUUUCCGUUUUUUGUUUGUAUAAUUUUGGCGCAAUUCUUAUCUAGAUAAUCUUCACGGGUUGUUUUUUGGGGAUCAUCUUGCAGAAUCUCGGUAAACUUAGGCGGGAAGAGGUUCAAAAGUUUAGUCGUCUCGUUUGCUUGUUCAUGAUAGAUAUCUACUAAAAUGAUGGUGCAAGGGUAUUUGACAAAUUUUUCACAAGGUCCUCCAUUGAAAAAACAAAGAUUGGCUUACAUGCUACCUCAAGUCCGUGAAAUCGGGCUGUGUGAUUCUCGGGACUCUAGAAUCGAAGAGCUCGAGAAUCAGCUGUCAGAGCUAAAACAUCGACUCGCUGAUGUUGUCAAAGAGAGAGAUGGCAUGAGAAAGGAGCUAGGCAAGGAAAAAAAGCCCUUUCUUCAGCCGAGAAAGCCUUUUUGUGACCUUGAGCCAAAAGCUCAAUUUCACAAAAAGUCAGAGAUUAAAAAAUGGCUUGAGAAGCAAUUUGAGAAGCUUCCAACAGAUUGGAAAGUUGUUGAGGUUUGUUUAGAAUUUUUGUACACAUGGAAACAACCUAAAUUUACCAAUUCUGUUAUAAUGGCAUUUGUUUAUCAUAAAAUGUUUCCUUAUCUCUAGGUUCAACUUGAAGUUGGUCAGUUUUGCCCUACAUUUCAAUGUUUCCUUAUCUCUAGGUUCAACUUGAAGUUGGUAUGGUCAGUUUUGCCCUACAUUUCAAUGAGAGGGUUGAGCCUGAGGAGAUUGACCAUAAAAAGAUCCAAAGAGCUCUCAAGGCCAAAGAAGAUGGUGAUGUUUCUGACUCAGCAUACCAUGAGCUAAAGAUGGUAGCUGGGUCCAGCUUGCCAUCACUGUAUGGGAUACAGAAAGAGAGAAAAGCUCAAAAUGCAAUCAUUCCUAUUACAGAAUUUGAAGGGAAUGCAAAAGGAUGUUCAAGAUCCAUCAAGGACAUUCUAAGUUAUAGUUCAGAUGUCAUUGGAAAUGCAGGGGGCAAUGUUAUAACCCUUCGGUUUUCUGGUGAUGGUAGAAAAACCACCAAAAAACUCGGGAGUGUUAUGACAACCUUCUGCUUUCCAGCAGAAAACUCUGUUAAAAGAAGCCCAGAAAGGGAAUAUUGUAUAUCUAUAUAUGAUGGCAAGGAGUCAUAUGACAUCCUAAAGGCGACCUUGAGAGGGGUUUUUGAUGAGAUGAAGGCCCUAGGGAGAACUGGCAUUCUUGUUAAUGGCCUUGAAUACACUAUUGAUUGGGUGAUGUGUGCUGACUGGAAGUUCAUGGCGUGUAUUCUCGGAAUUAAUAGUCCCUGUGCCUUGUACUUCUGCAUUUGGUGUGAGUGCAGCAAAAGGAUGAUCAGAGACUUUUCUAUCCCACAAUGGCCCAUAACCAGAACCUUAAACCAGUGCCGUGCACGUGUUGGGUGUCCAAAUGCCAAGGGAGUUCAAUGUUUACCUCUCGUGGACAUUGAAUUUACCAAGGUCAUACCCGACACCCUGCACCUCAAAUUGAGGAUCAUGGGAAAACUUCUCAACCAGGUUGCUUGCUGGGCUAUAGAGCAGAAUGUUAAAAAAGCCAUGGAAGAAGCAAUAGAAGCUUUGGGUGUGAGGUUUUGUUUCUAUGAUGUCCAGGAUGACAGUGGCAAAACCACAACCAAGUGGAGCUCUUUGGAUUGUGAUGAUUUGGAAACUAUCAUUAGGGGGCUUGAUAUCCAUGCCUUCCUAGGAGACAUGGAGAACAAGUCCAUCACCAGCCUUGACUGUCUGACCAAAGCCCAGCUAGUGGAGGAAUGUAGGAAGUUCCAUCUGAGGUCGACAGGCACCAAGGACUUCCUACGUGCCACACUCAAGGAUCAUCUUGACCGCAACAACAUAGUGUUUGAGCCAUCGUCCACUCCCACUUGUGAGAAAACAGUUCUUAGCAUAUCAGAGCUGACACAAGUGUGGAAAAGUUUGAUGGUCCUCACUGAUGCUCUUGGGGCAAAUCCUGGAGAUGAAGCAUAUCUUCGAGCAGAUGCUUUUCAAGAAAAGGCCCGCCAAUGGGGAACCAAAUUUAGAAAGGCCACGUUUGAUGAGGAUGUAAUUCCAUAUAUACAUGUUCUUGUUUAUCAUGUCCCCCAAUUUUUGGAGAUUCAUGGCACGAUCCACCAGUUCAAUUGCCAGACAGUGGAAAAGAAAAACCACAUGCAGAACAAGACAUUCCACAGGGGUAGCCAGAAAGGGGGGAAAAAUAGCAACUACACUGUACAGUCCCGUGUCAUUCUCGGGUGUACGAAAUUGGAGCUCAUCGAACAGUGCAUGUCGAAUCAGCCACAAUUCCUUAUCCUCGGAGCAAAGAAUGGGAAGCUUUUCUCUUGCUACCUCACUACUGUCGGGGUUCCCAGCAUUCACGGCUAAAUAGCAUGACAACUGCGGAUUCAAUGAAAGAGAAACCGUAGAAUUAUAUCUAUCGCUGUAGCCUUUCCAUUUCACAAAGGCAUAGUCUCCCUCAACGUUUAAAACUCUCUCUAUCUCCCAGACUUUUUCUUCUUCCUCUUUCUCUUCUUUCACGUACGUAUCAACUGAGGAAUGGUCUAAAUAUUUGACCAAGCGA